AUGAAGGAUUGUGAAUAAAUGUCAUUCACUCGAAGUAAGGCUGCCAGUGGAGGGACAGAAAGCUCUCAGAUUUGAUUAAAACGUUUUUGUUCCGAAAAUGAGUUGGAACGACAUGAGGGUGAGUAAAUGAUGAUAGAAUUUUCAUUUUUGCUAGAACUAACCAUUUAACUUACUCUAAGGCGCGCUCACUGACAGGCUCACUAUGCUGACAGGCACAUUCCUCAAAUGCACAGGCAUAGAUAAACCGUGAACAGGUAAACAGGUAGAGUGAGUCAGGCAGUGAUGUUCUAAGGAAGAUUCUACAAAGUAUCAACACGCAGAUUCAGAAUGGAUAUUCCUGCAUGUACUGCUCCAUCUGGCUGCACAUCCCCACCCCACGAAUACGAGGACGUCCAUCUUUAUGAGGAGAUUCCUGCUACACUGCCACCCUUACAUGCCACAGCUACAGCGCCACCUACCUAUAUAAAUAAUUUUCAAGAGAUUCCUCAGAUUCCUCAAAACCAUAACAGAACGAAUGCAAACCCUUAUCCUGUCCUCAAUGUACCACCUCAAAUAGCAAUAAUGACACAAGAACAAAUGUUUGUGCAGCAGCAGGUGAGGACUAUAGCCCCUCAGGUGAUCAUGGUGCAGCCACAGAGGGUUGUUGUUUUGGGUGACACACCAACAGCGACUGUGUGCCAGUACUGCUAUAAUAGCAUCAUCACUAAUGUGAAAUAUAAACCUGGAUGUGCUGCAUGGGGCAUGUGCCUCUUAUUAACUGUACUUGGACUCAUCUGUGGAAUUUGCCUCAUCCCAUUCUGUGUCAGCGGGUUUCAAGAUGCCCAUCACACCUGUCCUUACUGCCACAGGCACUUAGGAGUAUAUGUCCGCAAAUGACUUUCCAAACUCUCACCCACACACUCAACAUUAUGAUCAAUAAUCACAAGCCAAAAAACUUUAUAGAACAGAUACACACUAAUUUAAGUGCCUCAGUGCAUUAGAACAUUAUAAUGCAAAAACAUAUUUGUUUAGUUAACAAUUUCCUUAGCCUAUAGGUCUUAUUUAUGCCUUAUUAUGCCUGAUGCAACUAUAGGAUAUGGUCCAAGCUUACCUCACUUCCUGCUGGCUAUACUAUGCACCGCUCUCUGAUUUAUUUCACCGUUAAUGUCCAGCAAACCUCAUUGAUUUGAAUACCUCACAUCGUCACUUUGCUCUUCAGAACUGUCGAUCCAUCUCGGAUAAAGCCAAUUCAUCUCAAUUAAUUUAUCAGCAACAACAAAGUUGACAUUUUUCUUCUCACUGAAACUUGCCAAGUUCCUAAUGAUUUUCUACAGUUAAAUCUGCUUUGUCUAACUUCUUCUGAACUCAGUGAACUGUUGACCCUUGUCUGUUCAUUUUCAUCUCCUCCUGCUGGGUGACUUUAAUAUUCAUGUUAAUACUGUCUGUUCUAACACACAACUCAACUACUGUCGGUCUUUGAUUGUUUUAAUUUGACUCAACAUGUUCAUUAUAAAACGGAUAGUUCUGGCCCUUGAUUCUGAUUGGUUGAGCCGCGUUCAAAGCCGUUGUAAAAUUCCCGAAAAUACACAGCUGAUGCAUUACAUGUAUCGCUGUGCCACUGAGUGUCUUAGCAACUACUCUUAGCAACGUAAAAAUAUGUUUGCUCUCAAUAGAUUUUGUUCAUUAAAGCUUACUGUAUUAUUGUGAAAGAGAUUUUUUUUUUUUUUUUUUUUUUUUGCAGAACUUUAUUGAACAGAGAAUUUAACAACCACAAAUGGCCUGGUACAAAGUAGAAAAUUUCUUAGACAACAGACAAGCAUCCAACAAAGAACAAAUGAUUAUAAAAAAACAAAAAAAAACAAAAAACACACUAAGGGUCCUCUGC